UCACUGGAGAGCAAGUUUCUAUCCUUUUCUUCCUUAAUUAACUAUCAUAUUCUAGAAUUAUAUUAAUUCACUUUGCCUCUUCCAUGGACAACGCCUUUGUGAAAAGUCCAGAAGAAGUCUGUCAGCACUUCAAUGUGGAUAGAACGAAAGGCUUAAAUGCUAAGCAAGUAAAAGAACAUCAAGCGAAAUACGGAAAAAAUGAAUUACCUGUAGAAGAAUCGACACCAUUGUACAAGUUAAUUCUCGAACAGUUCCAAGAUCAGCUAGUUUUAAUCUUACUUGGCGCUGCCAUCAUCUCAUUCAUUCUUGCGAUCUUUGAAGAUCAGGAAACCAGUACUGCUUUUGUUGAGCCAAUCGUCAUUCUCAUUAUUCUCAUCGCUAAUGCUACUGUUGGCGUACUUCAAGAAACUAGCGCUGAAAAGGCCAUCGAUGCCUUACGAGAAUACUCCCCUGACGAAGCUAAAGUGAUCCGUGACGACGGUACAGUACGCAAAGUACGUGCUGAAGAAUUAGUCCCUGGAGAUAUCAUUGACCUAGCUGUUGGCGAUAAGAUUCCCGCCGAUGCUCGUGUUCUUUCCAUUUCCUCCAGCGUAUUUCGUGUCGAUCAAGCUCUAUUGACUGGUGAAUCUGUCAGCGUCGAAAAACAAGUUGAAGCCAUCCAUGACGAAAAAGCCGUGAAGCAAGAUCAAUGCAAUAUGUUGUUUUCGGGCACCACCUGUGUUUUGGGUAAAGCUAGAGCGAUCGUCGUCAAUAUUGGCGCUUCUACGGCCAUUGGUGACAUCCACAAGUCCAUCUCUUCUCAGAUUUCAGAAAAGACACCCUUAAAACGCAAACUGGAUGAUUUUGGCGAUAUGCUGGCGAAGGUGAUCACAGUUAUUUGUAUCUUGGUUUGGUUAAUCAACAUUCAGAAUUUCAAUGAUCCUUCACACAAGGGAUGGUUAGGAGGUGCAGUUUAUUAUUUUAAGAUUGCUGUUGCUUUGGCCGUAGCUGCUAUUCCUGAAGGUUUAGCUGCUGUCAUUACUGCUUGUCUUGCAUUGGGUACUAAGAAGAUGGCAAAACGUGGUGCUAUUGUCCGUAGUUUACCUAGCGUAGAAACAUUAGGAUGUACCAGUGUCAUUUGUUCUGACAAAACAGGUACAUUGACGACCAAUCAAAUGUGCGUCUCUCGUGUUGCCGUGGUAUCUAGCGUAGAUGGUACAGUUGAUGAUUUGACAGUUGAUGGUACUAGCUAUGAACCCAUUGGCGAUGCUCGAACGAUGAAUGAUAAUGCCAUCGUGACUCCUACAGAAGGCUCUAUUUUGCAUGAUGUGUCUCUUGUCUGUUCUCUUUGCAACGAUGCUCGCAUUGUCUAUGACGCGUCUUCUGAUAGCUAUUCCAACAUUGGUGAGCCUACGGAAGCAGCUCUUCAAGUUCUGGUUGAAAAGCUACGUACACCUGAUCAACAAUACAAUCAGCAUCUUGAUGGGUUUUCCAAAAGUGAACGCUGUACAGCCUGUAACGACUUCUACGGUCAACAACUCAAACGUACAGCUACACUUGAAUUUACACGUGAUCGUAAAUCGAUGUCUGUCAUCGUCAACAACAAUACUUUACUGGUUAAGGGCGCCCCUGAGUCCAUCAUGGAUCGCUGUUCUUUUGUCCGCUUAAGUGGAUUAGAAGCGCCUGUUCCCAUGACCGAUGCUAUCCGUGAAGGCCUGAAUAAAAAGGUACUUGAAUAUGGGCAAGGUAUGGCCCUUCGUUGUAUUGGUCUUGCCAAGGUUGAACAUAUCAACCCAGAACAAUUUGAUUUACGUGAUCAAUCCAAGUUUGGUUUGUAUGAAAGCAAUAUGACUUUCAUCGGUCUGGUUGGUAUGAUGGACCCUCCUCGUCCUGAGGUUGCUGACUCCAUUGCGGAAUGUAAGACGGCUGGUAUUCGUGUCAUUGUCAUUACCGGUGACAAUAAGAAUACGGCCGAAGCUAUUUGCCGACAAAUUGGUGUGUUUGAUGCUGAUGAAGAUUUGACAGGCAAAAGUUAUACAGGACGGGAAUUUGACAGUCUAUCAGAAGAAGAAAAAAUGCUCGCUAUUCAACGUGCCAAUUUGUUCACACGUACUGAACCUGGUCAUAAGCAACAAUUGGUUAAUUUGUUAAAAAGGAACGGCGAAAUUGUUGCCAUGACAGGUGACGGUGUGAACGAUGCACCGGCUUUGAAGCAGGCUGAUAUUGGUAUUGCCAUGGGUACAGGUACCGAUGUCGCGAAAUUGGCGGCUGACAUGGUUUUGGCUGACGAUAAUUUUGCUACCAUUGAAAAGGCGGUUGAGGAAGGACGUAGUAUUUACAACAAUACGAAGCAAUUUAUUCGCUACUUGAUUUCUUCGAAUAUUGGUGAAGUGGUUUCUAUUUUCUUGACUGUGCUUUUGGGUUUACCCGAAGCCUUGAUUCCUGUACAAUUGCUCUGGGUCAAUUUGGUAACUGAUGGGCUUCCUGCCACCGCACUUGGCUUUAACCCCCCCGACCAUGACAUUAUGCGUAGACCCCCACGAAGUUCGAAGGAACCUCUCGUUGGUAAAUGGUUAUUCUUUAGAUAUAUGGUAAUUGGUACUUAUGUUGGAAUGGCUACUGUAUUCGGUUAUGUUUGGUGGUUUAUGUUUUACUCAAAUGGACCCAAGAUUUCUUGGUAUCAACUUUCUCACUUCCAUCAUUGCACAAAAUUGUUCCCUGAAAUCGGCUGCGAUAUGUUCAAUAACGAAUUGUCUAUGAAAGCAACAACCAUGAGUCUAUCCAUUUUAGUUGUCAUUGAAAUGUUUAACGCUAUGAACAGCUUAAGUGAAAAUGAAUCCUUAUUAACCUUGCCUUUGUGGAGCAAUCCCUACCUUGUGCUAUCAAUCGCUUUGUCCAUGGUCCUUCAUUUUAUGAUCUUAUAUGUUCCUUUCUUUACGAAAUUAUUUGCUAUUGUACCCCUCAACAAAGAAGAAUGGAUUGCUGUUUUAUGGAUUUCUUUCCCUGUUAUCGUUAUAGACGAAGUACUUAAAUUUAUUACACGUAACUGGGUUGAGCCACCUACUACCACAGUCUCCAGGAAAAUCAAAACCCUUUAGAUAAUGUAUAUACAUCAAUAAAAUUUAAUUAUUUUUGAAUACCACCGCAAUUUUCAAUGAUGAAGUUAAAUUCUAUCCGCGGG